AUGAGAAAAACCAGAAGUUAUGAGUCUUUAAAAGUGAUGCUUAUUCGAAAUCUUCUACGGUUGCCUCAAUAUGCAUCAAAGAUCUCCAAAAGGAACGGACAUAUGUACUGCGUAGAUCCUUCUCUCGGUCUAGAUGCUGAUGUUGUUGAAGUGCAGAAAGUUGCUCGCGAUUUUGCACGUAAGGAAAUGUAUCCCAAUAUGGCGAAGUGGGACAAAGAGGAAUACUUCCCCGUAGAGAUGAUGAGACAUGCAGGAGAGUUAGGAUUUGGUGCUAUUUAUUGCAAAGAAGAUUACGGUGGAUGUGGUAUGACCAGGCUACAUGCUUCUGUAAUUUUUGAGCAAUUGGCAGCUGGCUGUGUCUCAACCGCUGCUUAUAUGAGCAUUCAUAAUAUGUGCGCUUGGAUGAUUGACACCUAUGGACCCAAGGAAAUGCGAGAAAAAUACAUCCCCAGCAUGGCUGCGUUCGAAACCCUUUCCUCAUACUGCCUAACGGAACCAAACUCCGGGUCCGAUGCAGCUAGCUUGAGUACUAUAGCCCGACGUGAAGGCGACUACUAUGUUGUUAAUGGUUCAAAAGCAUUUAUCAGCGGAGCGGGAUCGUCUAAAAUUUAUGUAGUUAUGGUGCGACACGAGGGACAAUCAGGAGCAAAAGGGAUCUUUUGUUUGUUGAUAGAGGAUGGUAUGGAAGGGUUUACACAAGGGAAGAAAGAGCAGAAAUUGGGAUGGAAUACUCAACCAACUCGAAUUCUUUCCUUUGAGGACGUCAAGGUCCCAGUGACGAAUCAAAUUGGUCCCGAUAAUCACGGAUUCAAUAUUGCCAUGGCUGGUCUGAAUGGAGGUCGAAUAAAUAUUGCUAGUUGUUCUUUAGGAGCUGCACAACAGAGUAUAGAUUUAGCCAUCGAUCAGUUAAAGGUGCGAAAACAAUUCGGCAAACCACUUUCCGAGUUUCAAUGGAAUCAGUUUAAAUUGGCAGAAAUUGCGACUAAGUUGCAAAGUAGUAGGUUGAUGAUUCGAGAUGCCGCUCGGCACCUUGAUGCAGAUAGCAUCCAUAAAGCUGCUUUGUGUGCCAUGGCAAAACUUCAUGCUACGGAAAAUUGCUCACAGAUUGUGAAUCAAGCUUUGCAAAUGUUUGGCGGAUACGGGUAUCUGAAAGACUAUCCCCUACAACAAUAUUUGCGCGAUUUACGGGUGCAUGAAAUUCUGGAAGGAACGAAUGAAAUGAUGCGAUUGAUCAUCGGACGUGAUCUCCUUAUGAACGAACAUAUCGCUAUGUCAUAAUCCCCCAAAUCUUAUUUCCACGGUUGCAUAGUCCUUUUCUACUGUAUGCAAAACUCGGAGCGAUCGCAGCAUGAGUUUUGUCCUCCUUUUAUUUUGUAGGAAAAGCUUUUAAUGCGUAGUUUAUCUAUUUGUUGAUUUAUUGACAUAGCGAUUGGGUAGACCCAAUGCACCUCCAACUGUCCCUUUGCCUUUUAUAUGUGCCUCUUCAUAAAGUUCAUAUGUAUCGUAUGUGGGUGAUGCGUCGUUAAAUUAUUUUUCGUAAAAUCAGAGUGCACUGUUUGAGAAAACUAAUUAGCACUUUGAUUCGUAUACCAUAC